AUGUCUUCUUCAAUUAAUGACUCAAUCAAGCAUGACAGCCGGGAGGGCUUCCAGUGGACUGAAGGCGAUGGAUUGAAGCAGGGUCUUCCCAGCUCAAGUGUCAUCCAGCCCGAGACAAACACCCAACCAAAUAACAACGUUUACGAUACAAUCAUCAUUGGCGCUGGGUAUACGGGUCUCACUGCCGCCCGAGACCUCACCACCUCUGGUCUUGAUGUGCUCCUUCUGGAAGCACGCGAUCGUAUUGGCGGACGAACCUGGACUUCCACUAUCGACGGACAUCAGUACGAAAUUGGUGGACAGUAUGUCCAUUGGGGUCAGCCAAAUCUGUGGCGAGAGCUUUCUCGGUACUCCAUGCAGCAAGACAUUGAUGCAUGUUUCGAUCCCGCUCGCGGACUCAACGUCUCCACAGUUUUCACUAAAGACGGGCUGAUAACAAUGACCAAGGCAGAAAACGGAGCAAUCUUGGAUUCGGCCUUUCAGAAAUUCAUCAAUAUCGACGGUGACUUUGGUAAAUCGAUCAUGCCGCUUCCAUACAAUCCGACUCUUGUGCCGGAUGCUGUCCACUUGGACAAGCUCACUCUAAAAGACCGCAUCGAUCAAAUCCAGCAAGAUUUGGAGCCGCUCGAACGAACGCUUCUCGAAGGCAUGCUUCUAUCCCUGACUGGAGGCCAGCUUGAAACAACCGGAUUUUUCGGUGUGGUGGGCCUCUGGGCGUUGUGUGCAUACUCCUCGGACUGCCUUGGUAGGGCUGUUGCGGCCUUCAAGCUCCGACACGGCCAAUCUGAUUUUGCACAACGGUUCUUUCAGGAAGCACUUGAUGCGCAGAAACUGUCGUACUUUUUCAAUUGCCCCGUCGCGUCAGUAAAGGAUCGUGGCAGUCAGGUUGAAGUGACUGCGAAGAAUGGUCUGCACUUUCAGGCGAAGAAGGUGAUCUGCACAGUUCCACUCAAUGUUCUUUCCAAUAUUGUUUUCGAUCCACCUGUCCAGGAAUUGUCUGAUGAUGUCCUUGCUUCGAUCAACAGCAAUCAAAGCACCAAGCUGCACGUUAUAACACCUUCGGAUGCUUUGAGCUCCUGGGAUGGCUUGACCUAUCCUUACAAUAGGCUUGUUCACGCAUCUGGGGAAGGCACUACAUCGUCAGGAGCUGCUCAUAUUGUGUGCUUCGGUGCGUCUUACAAUCACAUCGAUCCCGAAGAUAAUAUUGAGGAAACUCUGGCGGCUGUCAAGAUGUUUCACCAAGAUAUUGACGUCAAGAGCAUGGUGUUUCAUGACUGGAGCCAGGAUGAAUAUUCCAAAGGAGGAUGGUGCUCGUAUGCUGCGACCGCGUCGACAAAAUAUCUCGGCAAGCUACGAGCAUCUCGAGGGAACGUGACACUGGCAAGUUCUGACUGGGCUUUAGGAUGGCGAGGAUUUAUUGACGGAGCAAUUGAAGAAGGCACUCGAGCCGCGUAUGCAGUGAAGACUGAGUUGGCGAUGGAGGCCAAAGCAUAGAUCAUGAUCAGUACAGUAGUGGUUGGUCGGAUGCGUUAGAUCGGAUGCGAAAAUAGUGGAGACUCUCACUCUACCUUUCGCAUCAGGAAAAGGCUUCCGCCUCAGUGGUCAAGUUUAUCUCCUCUUUAAUCCGACCACGUCUUGC